CGGUAGGACUCCUCGCUGUUUCCCCGCCUCCCACUUUCACCCCCAUUGUGGUGAAUCUCUGGCUCUCACACACACUUUGCCAGACUUCCAGGAGUUGGGGCGGCUGGUCGAAGAGGGAAUCCCGACAACUGCAGAAAAAUAACCCAAACAUUUCCUCUUUCCUGUAUGGAUCUGCUUUCUUCUCUUCGGAGGUUUCGCGGAGGUGCGGAGGUUUGCGUCGCUGGGAAUUGUGGAGGCUCGUGUCGGAGGGGACGUUACGCUGCAAAGUUGUAAAAGUAGUUCCCUUGAGGUUCUCGUUUGUUCCGCCGCCACCAGCUCAGACUCGGUGCUCCUCCAGCUUCUACUUCCAUCAUGGCGUGGCGGACUGUGGAGAAGUCUCCGCUUUUGACGCGGACUUCGCGCGCAGCUUUCCGGGAUAAACACCUUCGCCGUGGCCGGGGCUCGCUGGCUGUUCGGAGUUUGCUUUCACUCUGCUUGGUUCUUUCUUGUGGAUAUUGCGGAGCGGACUCAGAGUUUUCUAUCCUGGAGGAAGCACAGGUUUUGGCGGAUCAGAUGAAAAAGCUGUCUUCUCACGAACUGGGAGUAUUUACGAUGCAGAGGAUUUUCAACUCAUUCGUGUACACAGAGAAGACAUCAAACGGAGAGACAGAAGUGCAGCAGCUGGCUAAGAAGAUCCGUGAGAAGUUCAACCGUUAUCUGGAUGUGGUGAACAGGAAUAAACAGGUGGUGGAGGCAUCCUACACCGCCCACCUGACCUCUCCACUCACAGCCAUACAGGACUGCUGUUCCAUUCCUGCCUCCAUGAUGGAGUUUGAUGGAAACUUUAAUACCAACGUCUCCAAGACGAUCUGCUGCGACAGACUUUCCCCGACCGUCAACAGCCGAGCUUUCAAUCCUGGACGGGACCUCAACUCAGUUUUGGCUGACAACCUGAAGUCCAACCCAGGAAUAAAGUGGCAGUACUUCAGUUCGGAGGAGGGAAUCUUCACUGUUUUCCCAGCUCACAAGUUUAGCUGUAAAGGAAACUAUGAACACCGCAGCAGACCCGUGUACGUCUCUGCAGUGCGUCCUCAGUCUAAACACAUCGUGGUGAUGGUGGACCACGGCGCUUCUGUGACUGAAACUCAGCUGCAGAUCGCUCGAGACUCAGCGCUAGUUAUCCUAAAUGCCGUAGAUGAACAUGACAAGAUCUCCGUUCUCUCCGUGGCAGAGACUGUCCGCUCCUGCUCUUUAGACCAGUGCUACAAGAGUCUGCUGUCUCCAUCCACCAGUGAGACCAAGAGGAAGAUGAGCACCUUCAUCUCCAACAUCAAGUCCUCAGAUGUGGCCACCCAACACGCCGCUGGCUUUCAGAAAGCCUUCCAGCUGCUGCGCAACACCAGCAGUCUCAGUAAACAGAGCAGCACCACAGACAUGGCGAUCAUCUACCUGUCAGCUGGCGUCACGUCUCGGGAGUCGUCGGAGCAGGACAAGAGGGCCACGCUCAGCGUGGUCCGGGAAGAGAACCGACACUUCAACAACUCCGUCAUGAUCCUCACCUACGCUCUAAUGAACGAGGGAGUUACAGGCUUAAAGGAGCUGGCCUUCCUGAGGGACCUGGCAGAGCAGAACUCCGGCAAAUACGGCGUGGACCGAAUCUUUGACCGGGAUCGCUCGUCCGGAUCAGCGAGCGCGCCGUUGAUUCCAGUGGUAAAAGGCAGUAUGAUGGUCCUGAACCAGCUGAGCAACCUGGAAACGACAGUGGGACGCUUUUACAUCAACCUGCCCAACCGCAUGAUCGACCUGGCCCGCUUCAGCCUGCCCUACGCCGACCCCAUGGGUGAUGGGUUCAUCAUGACUGUGAGCCGGCCGUGCUACUUUGGUAACCUGCUUCUAGGCGUGGUUGGCGUGGAUGUGAACCUGGCUUAUAUACUGGAGGAUGUGACCUAUUACCAAGACUCUCUGGCUUCAUACACAUUCCUCAUUGACAACAAAGGAUACACUUUGAUGCACCCGUCACUGACACGGCCCUAUUUGAUGACGGAGCCCCCCCUGCACACAGAUAUUAUCCACUAUGAAAAUAUCCCAGGAUUCCCUGCUGUCCGACAGAACAUCCUGAGCCUCCCUUUGGGCAGCCAGGUCAUUGCCGUGCCCGUUAACUCCUCGCUGUCCUGGCACGCCAAUCGGCUCAGGGACAACAGCAAAGAUGCGUACAAUGUCAGCUACGCCUGGAAGCUGGUUCAGGACACGUCGUUCAUCCUGUGCAUCGUCUACGUGCAGCCGGAGAUCCCAGUGAAGCAGCUGAAGAACCUUAACACCGCUCCGAGCUCAAAGCUGCUCUACCAUCGGCUGGAUCUGCUGGGCCAGCCCAGCUCCUGCCUGCACUUCAAGCAGCUCGCCACUGUUGAAUCCCCCACAGUGAUGCUGGCGGCUGGGAGCUUCUCCUCUCCUUAUGAGCACCUGAGUCAGCCAGAGACAAAGCGGAUGGUUGAGCACUACACCGCCUACCUGAGCGAUAACACCAGACUCAUAGCCAACCCUGGCCUCAAGUCCUCCGUCAGGAAUGAGGUCAUGGCGACCAGUCACGUCACGGAUGAGUGGAUGACACUAAUGGAAAUGAGUAGCCUCAACUGCUACAUUGUGCGACGUUACAUAGCAACACCCAGCGGGGUGCUCCGGAUUUACCCAGGAUCCCUGAUGGACAAAGCGUUUGACCCCACCCGCAGACAAUGGUACCAACAUGCUGUGGCCAACCCCGGCCUCAUCACCUUCACCGGGCCGUACCUGGACGUGGGAGGAGCUGGUUAUGUCGUCACUAUCAGCCACACUAUUCACGCUUCCAGCUCUCAGAUGGCUCCUGGUUAUGCAGUUGCAGUGAUGGGUAUAGAUUUCACCCUCCGGUACUUCUAUAAGGUUCUGCUAGACCUUUUGCCCAUCUGCAACCAGGAUAAAGGCAACAAAAUCAGGUGCUUUAUAAUGGAGGACCGUGGAUACUUGGUGGCUCACCCCACACUUAUUGACCCCAAAGGUCAUGCCCCCGCAGAGCAGCAGCACAUCACACACAAGGAGCCGCUGGUGGCCAAUGACAUCCUCAACCACCCCAACUUUGUGAAGAAAAACCUUUGCAACAGCUUCAGUGACCGCACUGUACAGCGUUUCUACAAGUUCAACACCAGCAUAAUGGGGGACCUCACUAACUUGGUCCACGGCAGCCAUUGUUCCAAGUACCGCCUGACCAGAAUCCCAGGAACCAACGCCUUUGCUGGGAUCGUCAACGAAACAUGCGACUCACUGGCGUUCUGCGCCUGCAGCACGGUGGACCGGCUCUGCCUCAACUGCCACAGAAUGGAGCAGAAUGAGUGUGAAUGUCCGUGUGAGUGCCCCCUGGAGGUCGAUGAGUGUACGGGCAAUCUCACCAACGCCGAGAACAGAAAUCCCAGCUGUGAGGUCCAUCAGGAGCCUGUGAGCCUGAACGUCAUUGAUGGCAGUCUGCACGACACUCUGCCACAGUGCAUCAACACCCGCUGCAGCCAGAGAUACACCAGCAGCGACUGCUUUGGUGUUCUGGACUGCGAGUGGUGCAUGGUGGACAGCGAUGGGAAGACUCACCUGGACAAGCCGUACUGCGCCCUGCAAAAGGAAUGUUUCGGAGGGAUCGUUGGCGCCAAAAGCCCCUACGCAGACGGCCUGGGAGUGGUUGAUGAAGAGGUGGCCUCUCUGAACAUGAUCAAGAGCGCCCCUGUAGGGCCGGUGGCCGGGGGGAUUAUGGGAUGCAUCAUGGUGUUGGUGCUGGCUGUGUACGCGUACAGACAUCAGAUCCACAGACGCUCACAUCAGCACAUGUCUCCUCUGGCCACACAGGAAAUGUCGGUAAGAAUGUCCAACCUGGAUAACGAGAGGGAUGAGAGGGACGAAGACAGCCACGAGGACAGAGGGAUCAUCAGUAAUACCAGAUUUAUCGCCGCUGUGAUCGAGAGACACACUCACACCCCUGAGCGCAGGCGGAGAUACUGGGGCAGAUCUGGGACGGAGAGCGAUCACGGCUACAGCACCAUGAGUCCACAGGAAGACAGCGAGAACCCACCUGGAAACAACGAUCCGCUCUCGGCAGGCGUUGACGUCGGCAACCAUGACGACGACCUGGACUUGGACACGCCCCCCCAGACGGCAGCGUUGCUGAGCCACAAGUUCCAUCCGUACCGACACACGCACCACCACCCCCUGCACACGCACCACCUGCAGGCCGCAGUGACCGUGCACAGCGUGGACGCGGAGUGCUGAUCCGCCGGUAAACCCCUCCGGACCAUCUAUUGUAGAGAUUUUUAUUCACCGUUUGUCUAGACUGGUGGAGGGAGGUUAAAGCCGCAAGCGGAUCUAGCAUCUCGAAAUGGAACCCUAUGAAGUGAUAUUGUUUCUUGUUUUGUUCCUUUUUUUGUUUUAGCUCAGAAAGUCACACAGAGAAUAAGCAAACAGAAUGUAACAGCUGGGAAUGAGAUUUUUCAAAGGAUUUGACAAGCUUCAGGAUCACAUGCUGCUUGGAUGAGACAUGCAGGGACAAAGAUCCUCAUUUUUCAAUGUUCCACAUUUGGAGUCGCUACAGUUUUUCUGCAAAGCCCUUUAGUAGGGUCAGAAAACUCCAUCAUCUCUGAUGACGAUUGGAAGUACUUUCUUUCUAAACGAAGAACUGGCUCCGUUUGGAUUUAACUUCCACCUCUUCAUCCCUGGACGUGGAUUUCCUCUGAAAGUUUCCUCCUGUGACAAGAGGCCGCCAGCAGACGCCGAGAUGUUGGAUCCCACCUCUGCAAAAGUCUGUGAACUUCAAAGCAGAUUCCAUUCUUCACUUGAAAGCAAAAUAGACUUUUAAGAGAAAAAUAAUAUUUUUCUACUAUUUAUUAAAAAAAAAGUUUUUCAUGACAGAUGGGAAAGCUGAUGCCACCAAGUGAAACAAUAUUCUCAACGACCUCAGCCCAACAGAUCCUGAGCUGAUGAUGCUCCACUGUUUUCCUGAAAGCAUGUUUAGUCAUCAGACCUCUCAAGACCAGAUCGUUCAUAAUUUCCCUCUAAAAAAAAAGGUGAUAUUUUCCUCCUCUAAAGCAGUGGUCCCCAACCUUUUCUUUUCCCUUUGCCUUAUUUGGGAACGUUUUGCACACAUUCUGUUAUAAAUGUGUCACUCGCCCCAAAUCAUCUCGAAUAAGUGCGCUCCGGAGUGCAUCCAAAGUUUUACAACUCUUUUUUUGGCUCUAGAUUUUGCAAAUCUAUAAACUAUCCGCCUGUUUGCACCUGCAGCAUGUUUCAGAAGUCUGCAUCUGUGCCACUGCUUUAUUGCAUAAAAGGAAUGUGUGGGCGAAGAAUUUAAAGACAAAGGAUUGUCAGGCUUUAAAAAAAAAAAGAUUUGCGAUAGUAGAAAGUUUUUCCAUGUAGUAUAUCUUUUGAUAGCAGUUUUAAAUGCAUUUUAUUCUCACACAGGUCUUGGAUAUUCCACCAAAUGUUUUAAAAAUUAAGUAUGUGAACUCUUUGGGAGUACUUAAAUUUCUGUAUGAAAUAGUCACAUGUGGUGAUUUUUGUUUUUUAAAUCUCAAUCUAAAUCUCAAUGAUGUAGAAAAACAUUGUUUUUACCGAACACAAUCAUGUCCAGUUUAUGCAAAAAAAGAAGUAAUCCCAAAGAGUUCACAUAUUUUCUCCUGCAGCUGUGUAAAUGUUUUGUUUUUGAUUAAAAUGUAAUUAUAUUUGGAGAUCCCAACUUGUUUUAGGCCAUGGACCAGUUUAAAUUAGACUCUGUUUUCACAAACCGGUCCAAACGAGACUGAAGUUGUCAUUUUUAAGCUACCGGUUUCUGAAAAUCUUUUUUCAAAAUAAAAUGCUGCUACAAGAAAUUUAGUUUAAAAACGUCUGAAAAUAAGAUUCAAUGAAACAAAGUUGUUGAUUUGUUGAAGUCGUUUCUGAUUAGAAAAAAAAUCCAUAAAGGAAACAUUACAUUAUUUUUUUUCCCCAUAGAAUGACAUUUUAACACUCAAUCCAGACUUUGAUUUUCUUUCAGGGUAAAAAGUGUGAUCAUAUUUUGCUUUUACAUAAAUUCUCAGUCAUUGGGGAUUUUAUUUUCAACACAAAGGAACAUUUUCAUUUGUAAGGUUUCUGAAGUGAUACCUUCCUAAUUUAGCCUUGUGUUGGAGAAUUCUCAAAUGUCCUUAUUACAAGUUUCCACAAAUCAGUUACUUUAUUUAAUUAAAUCUUCAUUCCCCGUUAAAUGUUUCGGAUGGUUUGAACUUAAUGAUGAAUAUUUUCUCUUUAACAUUAAAGUGGAGGCUAACAAGUGGACGCUAGCUUUAGCUACAUCCAACUUUUAAGGUAUAAUUGAUGAAAAAAGCAAAAUAAAAUAACUCAACCGUCGUUAAAGUGGUACUUUCUUAAUAUAAUAUAAACAUGAAACCCCCAUGUCUUCAAAUUUAUUAUUUGUGAAACAGUCGAGUCUGUUGACGCUUCUGCUGCAUGAAGACAACCGUCUUAAUAAUUCUGCAUGUCGAGGAAGACGGACGGUUUUGUUUGUCAACAGCAGCUUUAUUGUUCUUUAAAGAUGAAGAGUCUUCUUCAGUUUCCUCACGGGCUCUUUUCUCCCCCAAAAAACUUUCCAAUUACGUUUUAUUGUUUAGUUUUUGUUAGCUUUUUUAGCUUUGGGCUACUAGCUUAGCAACCCAGUUAGCCAUGCAGGUAGCUGCGUUAAGUCAUGUGACCAAGACGCAUGUUUUGAACAGAAUCCGGCGGUUUUCCAAAAUAAAACUUCCUUCAGGAUCAGAAAAUAAACAAAACGGAAUUCCAGUAGUCUAAGUUAUGUCAUGUAUUUUUUUAUGUAUGUAUUUUUAUGACCCACGGGCUGGUACUGGUCCAUGGCCCGGGGGUUGGGAACCACUGCUCUAAAGGAUUUGGAAAAUACUGGAUGUCAGCACAUUAGCAUUGCUGCAAACCCUACUUUUAUCAGUGCAACACUAUUUCUUGAUUGCAGUUGACAUCAACUGUUUUUACACAUCAAAAAUUGCAGAUUUUCUUUAUUUAGUAAAAAGAUAUUCUAUUGAUGCUUUUAUAAAAAAGAAGUUUGUGUGGAUCCGCUUCUAUUUUCUUUGUCAAAAAAAAUACACUUUUUUUUUUUUUUUUUUUUAAGAAAAGUCUGAAAAAAGUGAGCCUUAAUCACAUCCUGCAUCGGAGCAGCUGGGGAGGAAAUGCUUCUUAACAUGCUGCACAUCUCUGUCUUCUGAGAUCUGCGCUCAUGUGAGAUGAAACCUGCUGGAGGGGAGAGGAAAUUCAAAGAAAGCAUUUUUUCUGUGUGUGAAGAAUCCAACUUUAUGGCUGAAUGAAGAAUUUCAAUCAAAUGGGGUGGAGAAAGACUACGGAAACCAGCACCAGCAAAAAAAAAAAAAAAAAA